AUGCAAAAUAAGCUCAAAGAUUUGAGAGAUGAUUUAAAUAAUAAAAUAUCAAGCAUUAGUGAGAAUAUCGAUUUAAUGCGGUCCGACUUGGAUACUCUAUCUGUCACCACGAAGGAUAUAAAGGGUGAACUUGUGUCUCUGCGUCAUGACCAGACUAAUUUAAAACAGAAAUUACACCUAAUAGAGAACAAGCAUGAUAACUUACAAAAAGAUGUAUUGGAGAUCCAGAAUGCACUGGACUUUAAUUGUGACAUGAAUGACAAAUUGGGACAACGCAUUGGUAAGCUAGAAACCGAUUGUGCAAAAAAUAAUAAAACCAUCGAAAUCAUAUCUUCUCUUAAGUCGAAGAUUGAAGCUUUGGAGCAGCAUGCUAGGAACUGUAACAUAGAGAUAUGGUGUCCCAGAAAAAAGGGAUGA